GAGACAGAGAGAGAGAGAGAGAAGCUCCGCGCUGCUGCAGCUGGACGCUGGAGAGGCUCGUGCUGUCGCUGGGCAUGACGGGAUGCUGCUGUCUGUCUGUGACAGCGGUGUCGGUGGAGAUAAUGAACGCCUUCAGUAAGUGCUGUUAUGGAUAAAGAAGGUUUGCCGUCAGCGCAGGCUGGACUAACUGUGUGCUGCUGGGACUCCGCGAUGCUGUCACCUCUGCGCGCUUUUCCCUCUGCUGCCCGGACAGAGGACACUGGCAGAGAAGUGACACAGCGGCGCAGGAAUUUACGCAAUUACAAGCCUGAGAACAAACCGGCGGAGAAGGAGUAGAGGAGCUGCUGCUGCUGCCGCUGCUGCUGCCAUGGAGAAACCGAGAGGAGUCAAGGAGGAAAUGCCGACACUGAAGGAGGAGAAGCGCAGGGAGAAGAAGCAGAAAUCUGGGAAGCUCUUCAGAAAGAAACCGCUAAAGUCCGUGGGGAGUUUUAUGAACAGAAUCAUCAAAAGUUUGGGCACUUUCACUCACUUUGGAGACGCGGACGCGCAGGACGCAGAGGACGACGACGGCGGCUUCAGGAAUGGCGCACCUUGCACGCUCAGCGCCAGCUCAGGGAUUCUCACGAGAGAAGAUGUCCAGGUGGGGAAAAACACCUCGAGCACGUCCUCGUCUCUGUGCACCGGCAGAGAGAAGCUGCUCUACCAGUACGGAGACAAAGUCCCAGGUGUGCUGGGGCUGAAGAACCACGGGAACACCUGCUUCAUGAACGCCGUGGUCCAGUGUCUGAGCAACACCGACCUGCUGGCCGAGUACCUGGGGCUGGAGAGGUACAAGUUGGACCUGAGUCACAGCGGAGUAAACGGCGUGGUAAAGAGCGACGAGCCGCGGCUGGUGAGGGGAGAAGUCACGGAGCAGUUGGCAUCACUUGUCCGGGCUCUGUGGACUCUGGAGUACACACCACAGCUGUCUGUGGACUUCAAGACUGUAGUGUCCAAGUAUGGAUCGCAGUUCCGUGGUAAUUCACAACACGAUGCCCUCGAGUUCCUCCUGUGGCUGCUGGACCGUGUCCACGAGGACGUCAAUCUGGCCUCGCACAACAACAACAACAAGACCAAAGCACCUGGAAAGGGCCCCUGUGGAGCCGAAGACUCGCCGUCUCCUGACCUGUCUCAGUCCCAGCAGCUCCAAGUCCAGCACAGCUUUGUUCAGGAACACUUCCAGGCCCAGUACAAAUCUUCACUGACGUGUCCCCACUGUCUGAAACAGAGCAACACCUUUGACCCGUUCCUCUGCAUCUCACUCCCCAUACCUCUUCGCCAGACCAGGCCUCUGUGUGUGACUCUGGUGUUCAGCACUAAAGGUCAGCGGUACCUGCGCGUCGGGCUGGCUGUGCCUCUGUUUGGCUCGGUGGCCUUCCUGAGGAGGAUGGUGGCAGAUGAGGGGAAGAUUUCUCCAGACCAGGUGAUCCUGACAGAGGUUUACUCCACAGGCUUUCAGCGUUCCUUCUUCGACGAUGACGACCUAACCAGCGUCGCUGAGAACGACGUCAUCUACGCCUUCCAGGCUCCGCCCGUCUACAUCAGAGGAGGCUCUGCACGAAUCUCAGGGUACCAUCACAGCCUGCCGUCGUCUCCGUACUCCACCGGCUAUGAAGGACAGAGAUUAACGUCAUCUGGUACACUGUCAUCGGAGUUCCUCAACCACGGCGUCCCAGUCAAGAUCCUGCUGUUGGUGUGCAACGCUGCAGGAACAGGUCAACAGGCUGUGAGGUUUGGACCGCCGUUCCUAAUGAGGGAGGACCGGUCAAUUUCCUGGGACCAGCUGCAGCAGAGCAUCCUCAGCAAACUUUAUUACCUGAUGAUCAAUGGCGCUCAGGCACAGAAUACCAGGGUGCUGUUCAACAUCCGCGUGGUGGGAGGAUCAGUCUUUUACAGCUACCUGUCCCCUCAGGACGAGCGGCCGCUCUACCACCCUGCGGUCGACAGGGCUCUGAAGCUGUGCAGCUCGGGCGGACCGCCACAUGUGAAGCUCAUCAUCGAAUGGGAGCACAGAAUCAAAGACUGCCUGUUUGGCAACAUCCAGGAAGAAGUGGUGAAAGAUGCCGAGAGUGUGAGGAAUCAGCAGCAGCAGCAUGUGCAGCAGUACAGCUGCACCUUGGAUGAGUGCUUUCAGCUUUACACCAAAGAGGAACAGCUCGCCCCAGAUGAUGCCUGGAAGUGCCCGCAUUGUAAGCAGCUGCAGCAGGGCAUGGUGAAGAUGAGCCUGUGGACACUUCCCGACAUCCUCAUCCUGCACCUGAAGCGUUUCAGGCAGGUGGGAGAGCGGAGGCACAAGCUCACUACAUUCGUCCAUUUCCCCCUGGCAGGCCUGGACAUGAAACCUCACAUGGUGAGCCGCACCCACGGCCCCCAUCAGCUCCCCCUCCAGCCUGGCUGGAAGCAGUCUCGACGACCCGACCUGGCUCCGCCUGACUACCUGUACGACCUGUACGCUGUGUGUAACCACCAUGGAGGGAUGCACGGAGGACACUACACAGCCUUCUGUAGGAACUCUGUUGAUGGCCAGUGGUACAGCUACGAUGACAGCAGCACUGAGCCAGUUCCAGAGGCGGAGGUUUACACACGUGGAGCCUACAUCCUCUUCUAUCAGAGGAGAAACACCAUCCCACCCUGGUCUGCCAGUUCCUCUGUCACCGGCUCCACAAGCUCUUCCACCUCUGACCACUGGUUGGUCCGGCUGACAGGUGGCAGUAAAAGGGACAGCGUGGUGUCUGGAGAACCUGUCCCUGCAGCACCAGGGCCCAUACCAGCUCCAGAUUCUCCUGAGCUGCCGGUGUUUGGAGAUGAACCCCUCAAAACAGCCGAAACAAACGGGUUUGAAGCCAAGCCAUUUGUCCGGGGUACCCAAGGCAGAAGUGUCAGUAUGAGAUCACCAACUAAAUCCAAGGAGAAUCUGAGCAAAGUUCUGCCACUGCGAUGGUCCUUUGGCUCCAAGGACCGCAUGAAACACCCAUCCCAGACCCAGCCUGCAGAGCUGGUGGAGUACUUGGAGUCUGGGCGCCGACCACGAUGCACCAAAGACCCUAUCAUCACACUGGUGGCCACGCCACCACAAAGGACUGGCCAGCGAAGAACUUUCGAUGUAGGACAGGACUGCAGCUCACCUAGUGGCAGCAGCCUUAGUUGUACAGACAGACUAAGCUCUGACACUUGCUGCUCCCCUAAAAUGCCAGAAGGUCAGAGCAGAUCUUGUGUGGAGAGAAACAACAGCCAGGGAGUGUGUAACAGCAGCAACAGCAAAGGCAGAGAUGAUGGUUCUCUGAGGUUGAGGUCAUCUAAGAGAGCCAGGCAAGACCACUGCAGGACUCUGGAUCUUCACCUGCAGAGAGGAGCCAUUAUUGGGGGUCAUAUCAGCCACAGUGCCCCUCCGAGCAGAGACUCCACUCUGAGAAGAACCAAGUUCCAGACAAGCGUGACCUCCAGGACACAAAAAGACUCACUCCACGCGAUCAUUCAUCCUGAGGACAGGAGGGUGCACAAGGGACAGGAGGGUCGCAGCCAUGACAGCCUCUUGUCGUUUUUCAAACCCGCUUUUAUGAAGAAAGACAUUCCUAGGUCACCGAACAAUGGCCAAGAUAGACGUAUGUAUGGCCAUGGACAACUCCAGAAGCUGGCAGGCAGUAAUUUAGCCAAAAUGUCCCUGUCCAACGGGACGUUGACCACAGUGGCGCUGGAAGAGAGGAAGACCGGUGUCAACCCCAGCUGUGACACCCAUAACUGCAAAGUACAACUGGUGAACGGAAAGGCUGGGAAUCAUGACACUGUAGAUAUGCAGCGUGCUCACAGCUCCAGCAACAUCCAGACAAAGCUGGACCUGACGUUUCGCAGGUGUGCAUCCCUGCAGAGGAACGGUGAAAUACUGGUCCCUCAAGCUCAUCGCAUCCUGCUGUCAGACAAGCCCAACUAUGCCACGCUGCAGCGGACACGAUUCAGUACCACCUCCCUGGUGCCUCUGUGACAGCCCAGAAUGACCUUUGAACCCUCUGAUCUCUACGUUCACACACAGAGAAGCUUGCAGCAGGAGUCGUCGCUGGAAACUAAGUAUAUCUUCUCUCUCUCCCCUUCAUAGCACUGUUUUAAGUUCUUACCUAUGUGUGUCUUAAACUAAAUCUAUGCAGUGGAAUUUACUGAGGAAAGAAACUGCUGUAAUGUGUUUGUUUGUUUUUUUACUUAUAACAUGGUUUCAUAUUUUGAGAGUUUGUGAUCGAUAUUUGAAAGGCAGAGGAAGAUUUAGUGCAUUUUAGUCCAUCAUACUGCAUAAUAUCAACAUGUGUUUAGAAGGAAGGAGGUCAACCUAAAAGGCUGGUUGGUUAGUGAUGUACACUGGAGCCUUUUCAACAUAUAAAGUUUAGCGAUAAUGAACUGAAACAUGUGUUGUUGUUCUGAAACACUGCAAAAAAGUAUUAACACCUACACUGUAAAUCAGCUGCUACAACAACAACAUGCACCAUUGCUUUGUCGUGUCUGAUUAUUUUGCUGUUAUAUCACCAAUGCACUCUAUUUUUUUCUUCUUUCUUUAUGUUGCUGUUUGACCAGAGCUUGCAUGCUAACACGUUACAUUGCUAAUUUAGAGACAAAUAGACUGUACCCAAAUGAGUAUGGAGAGAAAUUAGUCUCAGUAAUGACGAUAAAAUGCUAUACAUAACGACCAAAAAAGAGAAAAAAAAACAAUGUUAUAUUGAUUAGUGUGUAAUGCAUUGUAUUAAUGCAAUAUUUUUUACCUUAAAGCUAGGUUAUGUUUCUCCCUUUAGGGGGCGCCACAGCAGAUCAUCAGCCUCCAUCUUGUCCUCUUCUGUUACGUCAACUGUCCUCAGCUUCCUCGUCAACAUCCUUUAUAUAAUCACUAUGCCUCCUCUGCACGUGACCAAACCACAACUUCACUUCUGAACAUAACAUUUGUUCUUGAAAAUUAAAGCUAGGUUAAUGAUGUAUGUAUGAAAAUGACAUAAUAACAGGCUGCAAUUUGGGAAAAAAAAUCCACCUUGGCAUUGGCUCCACAUCUAAAACUGAAAAUUGUUGUGAAACUGGUUGUGUUUCUGUCAGAAUGGGCUCUUUGGGCACGUUUUAGCAGGAAAAGCACAGGUGUUUGUGAUUACAUUAACGAUGGCUCUGUUUAAUUGCUGUCAGGACAGCGUGACAGUGAACCAGUAUGCAAACUCUCCCUGAACCUGAGGAAUACUGACGUGUUGCGCUAACAACUGAUUAACAGGAGUUUAUAUCAGUUACUUUUAAACUGAUGCAAACAUCUGGCCUUUCAUGUGUUCAUGUACACUCUAAAGCUUAGUUUUUCUAUUUAGGCCCAAAAUUUGUGGAGGAACCUAUUGUUUUCCUUCAGAUUAUUAUUAUUAUUAUAUCUGUGGCUUUGUGGUCAUUUUUUGAGGCGGUCGUCUAAGUGUAUUUCUCGUACCAAUAUUUUUGGAAAAAAACAUUUGUCACCAGUAUUGAGACUGAUUUCUCUCCAGUUUGUUGUUUUUGUUUGUUUGCUUCUGGGUUGUCAAGACAUCUCAUCUACAUCAUGUCACCAGCAGAUGGAUAAACUGGAAUGUUUGAGAAAGCUUAGAUUCCACCACAUGUUUUGUGUUUUUGGUGGGAAAAUGGGCAGUGGAUAUUAGAUUACAGGUGACACGACUAAUCUGAUCUAUUACAGCCCCUGGGUGUGUGUGUUGUGAUGUGUUGUGUCCUGUUAAUAAUCAUGUUUUGACACAUUCACAUUGUAGUGAAGUAACCACCACAGAGUGAGCCAUCAGUUAUACUUCCUGUUUUCUUUACUUUUAGUUGGUCAUGCUGAAUUGGCAUUCACAGCUACUGUUUUCUGUUUGUUGUUAUUAUUAUUAUUGUUAUUGUUAUCAUUAUUCUCACAUAUUGUUCACUCCCAUUUGCAUUUUCUGGGUAAAUGCACAUAUUGUAGUUGUUUGUGAAAGUACUAGAGAAGCUGAACUUCAAGACAACAAAGUUAACUACAUUUUUAUUUCAUUUUCACUUCACGAUCGGUGUCUAAUUAUCAACUCACAUCCUUUGUUGACUUGCACAUUGUAAUUUUUGUCACUGGGGGAUUAUUAAAAGUGUGAGUGGAGAUGGAUUAAUGUCACAUAAUGUCUGUAUUUACAUUUCAUGUUUGUGUCAUUUUAAACUACUUUCAUUUGUCAAACCACACUCUUUACCAAAAGGAAUUCUGAGACAUUACUUAAGGCUAGAUUAUAUUUUAUUAUUAACUUUUUUAAAACUCUACAUUUUUUACCUGAUGUGUAAUUAUGUAAUUUAAAAGUGUAUGUUUCAGGUCAGAUUAUUACAUUAGUGAGGGUUGAGUCGGUCACAACACACAUACAGUAAGUCCCAGUACUGGACUUUCUACAGUAUAAUGUCUGCUUAAUGUGUACUGCAAGUUUUAUGGAUUAAACACAGUAUUUCUCACAAAUAAAU